UCUCGUCUGCUUUUAUUUACAAAUCUUAGAACCUUGCCCUUGCACAUGUUUUGGAUGUAAUAAAGAGACAUUUCUAAUUUUUAAAUUAAUUACACAAAAUGCAGUAUAACAGUAUUGAAGAUUUUGUGAUACAGCAGCUUGAAUUACUGAACCUUGAAAGAGAUGCAGAAAUUGCCGAAAGUCGAAGGCUUCAAGAAAAUAUUUCUGCUAAACAGCUCCAAGAAAAAGGGGUUUGCAUAUUAAAUUUAGUUGUUCAGGGAAUAAGAUCUGGUCUUUAUGGUAGAACAAUCAUAACAUUUGGUUGCAAGUUGGCUGGUAAAGAAUUACCAUCGUCGAAUUUAAGUUCAGGAGAUAUUGUUGGAAUAUUUCCCAACUCCAGUGCUUCCCAGCUGGAAAAGGAUCAGAUUUGUUCUGGAAUUGUCAGCUGUUUAAAAUCUUCAACUAUUGAAAUUGCCCUAGACACAGACUGUGAUAAUGUUGACUUAAACGACAAUGACUGCUACAAGUUGUUACAGUUGGCCAACAGUGUGACCUACAGGAGGCUCAAAGUGGGAUUGAACAGUUUAAAAAAUUACCAAGGCCCUGCUGCCUCUCUCAUCAAUACGCUGUUUGGCGGACAGUUAUUUUCAUCUGCAUCAUUAUCCUUACCACCAGUCCUUUUAGGAUAUGAUAAUGAUCUUGUUUGGUUCAACAAGAACCUAGAUCAUUCUCAAAAAGAAGCUGUUGAAUUUGCGUUGAAGCAGCGAGAAGUAGCAGUUGUUCACGGUCCUCCAGGGACAGGUAAAACUACAACUGUUGUAGAAAUUAUUCUCCAAACAGUCAAAGCAGGUGGUCGAGUUCUUGCUUGCGCGCCUUCUAAUGUUGCCGUAGAUAACAUGCUGGAGAAACUCGUAGCGAAUUCGUCCGUGAAAGCUAUUCGUUUGGGUCAUCCAACUAGGAUGCAAGAAGCCAUCCAGAAUCGUUCACUAGAUGCUGUUCUUUCAAACAGUGAAGCUCGUUCUAUCGUCAACGACGUCCGUAGAGAUCUUGAUGCCCAACUGAAACAAAUAACAAAAACCAAGAAACGAGGACCCAUUUUCAGCGAAAUUAAGAAUCUAAGGAAAGAACUGCGGGAACGUGAAACAAAAGCCGUAAAGGAAGUUCUCUCCCAUGCAAAUGUCAUUUUGACGACAUUGACUAGCGCUACGCAGGAAGGACCUCUAAAGCACUUGCCACCGGAUCAUUUUGAUUACGUGGUAAUCGACGAGUGUUCACAGUCGACAGAAUCAGCCUGCUGGCUUGCUUUGACCCGUGCACCGAGAGUCCUAUUAGCUGGAGAUCACUUUCAACUUCCACCAACCAUCAUAUCGCCCGAAGCUGAGCGUAAAGGUCUCGGCCUCACACUAAUGGAACGAAUCAUCAACCGCAAAGAGGACGGCAAUUUGUGCGUCCGUAUGUUGACGACCCAAUACCGUAUGCAUCGCGAUAUCAUGCAGUGGGCAUCGAAUCAGCUUUACCACGGAAAACUGGUAGCCCAUCCUUCAGUAGCGAGCCAUUUACUCAUGGAGUUACCCGGCGUCGAGGAGAACGAAGACACAGGAAUUCCUCUCCUACUAAUCGAUACGGCUGGCUCUGAUUUUCAUGAGUCGGCCGCAUCGGAAGAAGGGUCCAAAGCCAACAGUGGUGAAGCGUCUCUCGUUGUAUUGCAUGUCCAACGAUUAAUUGAUUCUGGUGUGCCAGCUCGAGAUAUCGCCGUCGUUACACCAUACAAUCUUCAGGUGGAGUUGCUGAGACAAAUGUUAAGCGGCAAAUACCCCCAAUUGGAAAUUCGCAGCGUAGAUGGCUUCCAGGGGCGGGAAAAAGAGGCAAUCAUUCUUUCACUGGUACGAUCCAACUCGACGGGUCAAGUUGGUUUUGUAGCUGAUGUUCGCCGACUUAAUGUGGCCUGUACCCGCGCCCGACGGCAUCUUUGCCUAGUUACAGAUUCCAGCACCACGAGCCGUGCUGCAAGCGGACUCGUCGAAUACAUGGAGCAACAUGGGGAAGUUCGUUCGGCACAUCAAUACUUACAAGAGAUGGAUAAUGUUGUGGUUCCUGAAAUUGGUAAUCGCAAGCCUGGAGUAACAGCCAAAUUGCACAAACCCGUUGCUCCAUCCAAACCCACACAAGAUAAUAGCCAGUCAAAACAAGAGAAAGAAGAAAUAGCCACUCGAAUCAACGCCAUGUUGAUGGAAUGGUCUUCCAGUGCCGAAUGUAUAUCUGGUAGCAUCAAAGAAUUUCCAUCAACAAUGACCGCCUAUGAGCGACUAGUUAUUCAUCAAUGGGCAGAAGAGCGUGGUUUUCACCAUCAAAGUGUGGGAGAGAAUCAUAACCGUCGCAUCCAAGUUAAAAAACUUAUUGUGUCAGCAGCUUCGCAACCUGAGGUAAAAGACAGUCCGCCUCAAUCUGUAGUUGAGGCUACGAUCCUUGAAAAUGACAUCAUUGGUGAAGCCUUGUCAGAUCGAACCGAGAAGAUAAACUUGAAUCCGGAUGAAACUUCUUUGAAGCAGAAAAAAAAGAAAAAAAAGCAGAAUUCAACUUUAGCAAUGGAAAACUCAGUUGCGCCACCCAAGGAUAAACCUGUAAAAUCUUUGGCCUCACCUAACCUCCCGUUGGCCAGCGAGUCGGUCGACAACAACAUCAAAUGCGAUGAUUGCAAAAAAUCAGUACCAAAACAAAAUCUAGCACUUCAUCGAUUACGGUGCACUGGUUCCGGUCCAACAGAACAAGCAGUAAAACCAAAACAGAAGCCGGUGGUUAAACCGUUGCCGGUACUACAAACCGAUCGGGCCAAAGACUCGAAAGUAGACAAGAAAGCAGAUGACAUUGAUGGUAUCUUGUCGGAAUUUCGGCAAUUGGAUAACGUCUGUAAUUAUGCUACUUGUAAGACGGGCAUUUCGUUAAUGGGUCAACAUUGUAAUCUUUGCAAUCGUCGCUUUUGUCUUUCACACCAUCUUCCUGAAAUCCAUGGAUGCGGAGAUGCUAUUCGACGCCAGGCACGUAAUGUUACACUUAAACAGGGCUUUGUUGCACCUGGAUCGUUACUUGUUAAACCUAAAGCAGUCGAUGCCUCAAAACGUGCUCAUCUUCAACGUAAAUUAGACAGUAAACUAGAAGACAUGUCAACUCAACGAACGGGGAAAAAAGAGGAAAAGAAAAAGAAAAAAUAGCAAAACUGUUGAUCAAUAUGUAUUUAUAUUGAUUGGUGAGACUAAUACACAGUUUCAUAUAAUCA